AUGGAAGGAUCAAGAGAAAUGAAAGAGGAAACUAUGCCACCGGGGUUUCGAUUUCACCCUACAGAUGAAGAACUCAUCACAUAUUAUCUGGUAAAUAAGAUCUCAGAUGCAAAUUUUACAGGAAAAGCCGUUGCAGAUGUUGAUCUCAACAAGUGCGAGCCGUGGGAUCUUCCAGGGAAGGCAAAGAUGGGAGAAAAAGAAUGGUAUUUUUUCAACCUCCGUGAUCGAAAAUAUCCAACCGGAGUAAGAACUAAUCGUGCCACAAAUACUGGAUACUGGAAGACCACUGGGAAAGACAAGGAGAUCUUUAACAGCAACACCUCCGAGUUAGUUGGGAUGAAGAAAACUUUAGUUUUCUACAGAGGAAGAGCUCCUAGAGGAGAGAAAUCGAACUGGGUCAUGCAUGAAUACCGUAUUCAUUCCAAAUCGGCGUAUAGAACAAGCAAGCAAGAUGAAUGGGUAGUAUGCCGUGUGUUCCAGAAAAGUGCUGCAGGAAAAAAGUACCCUUCAAACCAUUCAAGAGCUGUGAAUCCCUACACUUAUAAUAAUCUCGAUUUAAGCCAAAUUUCCAUGUCCACACAAAUGAUCCAGCCUGAUAAUUUCCAGUUUCCUGUGGGACGAAACUAUAUGAUGCCAGCCGAACUGCAAGAAUAUAAUAAAGUUUUCAGAUCAGGUGGCUCAACUAGCAUGAACGUACAAAUCCCACAACAUGUUAACUACACCGUGGGCAGUGGAGGAGGAGGAGGAGGAGAAGCAGGCAUUUUCACCAUUUCUGGAUUGCAUCUGAACCUCGGUGGUGGUGGAGCCCUGACCCAGCCAACCUUCAUGAGACCACCGCCACCUCAGCCACCUCCUCCGGUGCCGGCGAUGAACCCACAAGAUUUGAACUCAUCAAUGCUGACUGAUGCUGCAGGCUAUGGAGGGGACAUGAAUAAUGCAAAUGCAAUGAAUAACAGGUUUAUGGACAUGGAAAAUUGUGCUGAUUUAGAUCACUACUGGCCUACAUAUUAA